AUGCCAAAGCAGCCAGCUGAAAACCGGGAACCAAGGUCUCCCCUCGAGCCUCACCCAGUGGUUUCCCACAAAGAGCCCAUGGUGUGCUGCCAGUACAACCCCACCUUCAGGCAGGUGGUCAGCUGCUCGGAAGCAUCUGUGGUGAAAGUAUGGGACUUUGAAACAGGAAUACUGUUGUCCGAUUUUAUUGAGGCUCAUGACAAUGCUGGAAUCCGUUGUCUGACCUUUGACUCCAGUGGAAGAGGUCUAGUUACUGGGGGAAGAGAUGACUCUCUGAAAAUAUGGAGCUACAACAAUGGACCUUGUCUUCACACCUUGAAACAUGAUGAAAAGCAAAGUGAAGUCUGUGAUUAUACCUACUUGGAGGUAAGCCAAAAUAAGUGUAUCAUAGCUGUUGGGUGGGACAGAAGAAUAAAUGUGUACUUUCACACACCUCGUGACUUUCAUCACUUCCGGAAGCCAUAGCCACACUGGCAGGAUGACUUGAACCACGGGCAGAAGGAGGACAUCCUCUGUGUAGCUCAAUGCCCGCCUAUUCUCCUUGCCACCUCCAGCUGCGACGGGGAGAUUAUCAUUUGGAAUGUCAUCUCAGGGCACAUGCAGUGCAAGCUGAAUACCCCCAGCCCCUGUGAUGGCACAGAACAUAGAGAACCCCGGCCCGGCCCAGCCCUGAAGCCUCAGGCCUGUCGGCACCGGGCGCCCUCGGAUGCCUCUGUCCACCCUCCACCCUGGGCGUUUCUCGCCUCUGCUUUCCCUGGUGGGAGAACAGGGCCGCCUCCCCUGGGAUCCAGAGACAAAGCCUGGGUCAGCAGCAUGGCGGUGACAACAGGGGAUGCCUGUGCCUACGUGGCUGACCAGGACGGCUCUGUACCCGUCUACGACAUCGAGGAGUAUGGUCUACAGGGACCGGAGCCACAGCCUCCCAGGAAUGUGAUGUUCUGGCGGGCCCAUAUCAGCAUGGUGACAUUUUUGGAGCUGAGAGAAGAAGAAAAGUUUCUGCUGUCAUCCUCCCUGGACCAUACCGUGCACCUGUGGAGCACAGACGGGGAGUACAUCGGGACCUUUGGGCAGGGUAGCCCCUGGGAUAUUUUCACUCCUGUCUCCUGGAGAUACCCUGGAGUGCCCUGUGAAGUUCUGACAGAUCCCCAGAGCAUGCCUGCUCACCCAGUGCUGGAAGGAGGUGCUCCUGUCACGCACACAGGAGAAGAGAAGCAAGACAAAGUGGUGGAAGGCAAGGCCAGUGCUAAGGCAAAAGAGGGUGAUGCAACACACUUCAUGAGUGACCUUGAUCUUCUGUAG